UUCAUGACUGGAAUUGAUCAUCAGUUACCUCUUUUCACUGAGUUACCUCUCAAUGAGAGUGAUUCACUAGAUAUGGUCUUAUGUGAAGUCCUAAAUGAGGCCAUGGCUAUCACCAAUCCAAGGCUUCCUUCCAUAGACACAACACUCCACCACAAUCACGCUGGCUUAGAACCGAGUGGGCGCGUCGGAAAGAAGCAUUAUAGAGGCGUAAGACGCCGGCCGUGGGGGAAAUAUGCCGCUGAAAUCCGUGACUCGUCAAGACACGGCGCGCGUUUAUGGCUUGGCACGUUUGAUACUGCAGAGGCUGCUGCUUUGGCUUAUGACAGGGCUGCUUUUAAGAUGAGGGGUGCUAAGGCACUAUUGAAUUUCCCAGCUGAGGUUGCUGCUGCUGCUGCUGCCAACUCUGUAGAGCAAGGAGUGAAUCCUGACUCCAACUCCAACUCUAACUCUAUCAUCCAUAGAAUGAAUACUGGUGGGAUCAAAUCAGAAUCAGAGAACUCUUCUUCAGUUGUGGAAUUGCAGGAUUUGGGGUCAGAUUACUUGGAGGAUUUGUUGUCUCAGAUGGAUUAUCCAUCCUCUUCCUCUUCUUCUAGUUCAUGUAAUGUUGUAACAUAAUGAAACAUAUGUAAUAUACUUUUUCUAUGAAAGUAAAAAUAAAAAUAGAGAGAUUAAUUAAAGGUUAGUCUCUCUAAGGGUGUUUUAUCUUGUCUAUAAGAGCACUAGUUGUGAUGAA